CAGCGGAGCGGAGCCGAGCCGCGGUCCCCGCCGCGCACCGAGAGAGGAGCGAGGGGCUGGGCGCGCCUGGCCGCCGGCUCUGCUCCCCCCCUUUUAUCCCAGCCCCCACAAAGCCGGGAGCGGCAGAAGGUGGCGAGCGGUGCCGAGGGCUCCGGGACCCCCGCGGCCGGCCAGGACGCAGCCCCGGCGGGCGGCAGGAGCCUCCCCAAGCGGGCGGGCUCCGAGGGGCGCGGAGCGCAGGAGCCGGCGGAUGGGAGCUCGGUCGCCUGCCAGCCCCUCGCACUGGAGAACGGUGCCAGCCCGCCAGCCGAGUGGUUCGCGUGUGCCCAGGGCUCCGGCCCCCGCCAGCCCGGCAGCGACGGCGACAGCAGGAGCUUCCGAGUGAACCUGCACUGCAAACACCCCCGGAACAGAGAGCUCAAGUGCAACAGCAGGAGCAGCAGCAAAGCCGAGGGUCCUGGUGUCACCUUCCCCGACCCCCAUGUCAGCAACUGCUCGGCCAAGCGGCACGCGGGGGAGGAGGAGGUCAGGAUGCGCGUGAAGCCCCCGGGCCCAGUGGUAACGACCAGCGUUGUGCGCGGCUCGCCCGACUACGUCCGAGAGCCCAAGUUCUACCCGCCGGGACACCCGGUGCAGCGGCCGCCCGCCUGCCCGGCCGAGAAGGCGCUGUCCUGCAGCGUGCUCAGCUUCCCUGAGGGCUCGUGCCCCGCGCUCGGCCGGGAGCACCAGCCAGGCUCGCUGCUGCACGGCGACCCGGCCGACCGCUGCCAGAGCGUCCACGGGGGCACCAAGGCGGCCGAGGAGCUGCUGGGCUGCGCCGGGGAGCCCCGGAUCCUGGGGGGCAGCGCAGAGGAGGCCUCUGCCCGCGACCGGGCGCCCAAAACCUUCCCCAACGCGACGCUGGCCUCGGGCCGCUGCAACGUAGACGGCAUCCUCGCCUUGCUCCGCAGCAAGUGCGGCAACGGGCACAUCAACCUCCACCCUGUGGUGCAGCUCAUCGACAUCAUGAAGGACCUCAACCGCCUCUCUGAGGACCUCAAGAACAGCGGGGUGCACCUGGACUGCGGCAGCCUCCGUGGCGGCGGCGGGGCCCACGAGGACAGCCGCCUCCUGCCCGCUGACCGGGACCUGCAGUACAGCUUCUUCUCCUCGCCCUCCCUGGCCAACAGCAUCCGCAGCCCCGAGGAGCGGGGGGUGCUCCUCAAAUCCGACCCGUCGCGGCACCCCCGGCCCCCGGCCCGUGACGGAGAGCCCGAGGGAGGCGGGGGGAGCGCCCCGCAGCCCCCAGGACACGCUGUGGGUGUGGGCGACGUCUCCAAAGCCCCGGCGGACGAAGCCGGCUGCUCCCAGCCCGACGCCAGCGAUUACUCGGAACUGGCCGAGGCGGACAUCCUGAACGAGCUGGCUUCCCUGGCUUGCCCGGGGACGCAGCUGCUGGAGUCGCAGGCGAUGGAGCCGCAGCCCCAGUUGCUGCCAGCCCAAGAGCUGGACUCCCAAUCCCGGCUGUUGGAUUCCCAGUCCCUGGAGUCACAGCCCCAGCUGCUUGAUUCGCAGAGCCUGGAGCCGCUGCCAGAGUCGCUGGAGCUGCAAAACCUGGAGCCGUUGGGGCUGCAGUCGCUGGAGCCGCUCUCCGAGUCGCUGGAGCUGCAGUCGCUGGAGCCUCUGUCCGAGUCGCUGGAGCUGCAGUCGCUGGAGCCACUGGCGGAGCCUCUGGGGCUGCAGACCCUGGAGCCGCUGCCCGGAGCGCUGGAGCCCCCGCUGCUGCCCACCGAGCCCUCGCUGCUGGAGCCGCAGCCGCUGGGCACCGUCUCGGAGCUGCUGGAGGCGCAGCCGGGCGCCGGGGACCCUCUGCGGCCCCACGGGCUGCAGCCCCGGCUCGGGGGGUGUCCCCCGAGCACCAUGGUGAAGCGGGGUCCCUGCGGGGGCCGGGGGGCCGGGCGGUGCGGCGAGGACCACCGCAAGUACGCCCUGCGCCGGACCGAUAAGCCAAAGAUGCUGUGCCGCCGGAGGAGGGCGGGCCGAGGGCGCCGGGUGGACAUCGCCCCCGAGAGCCACGUGCUGUCCCCCCUCACCCUGCCCGCCGAGCUGCCCCCCGGGCCCGAGGAGCCUGAGCCUGACACGCCGGUGCUGAGCCCCCCGCCGCCACCGCCUCCCACCACGCUGGACCCCAACGAGAUGCCCAAAGCCCCCGCGGCAGGGAAGAAGAGCAAGUGCCGGGGGGUGAGGAAGAUGGUGGUGAAGAUGGCCAAGAUCCCCGUGUCCCUGGGGAGGAGGAACAAGACAACCUACAAGGUGUCAUCGCUCAGCAGCAACCUGAACCUGGAGGGGAAGGAGCUGGCAACCAGCAGCUCCAUGGAGCCCACGCCGCUGCUCAAGAUGAAGAACAAUGGGCGCAACGUGGUCGUGGUGUUCCCCCCUGGCGAGAUGCCUAUCAUCCUGAAGCGCAAGCGGGGCCGGCCUCCCAAAAACCUGCUGCUGGGCCAAGCCAAGCCCAAGGAGCCCACCCCAGAAGUGAAGAAGAGGAGGAGGAGGAAGCAGAAGCUGGCCUCGCCCCAGCCCUCCUACAUCGCGGACACCAAUGACAGCAAGGCCGACUACUCGGACGUGUUGGCCAAGCUGGCCUUCCUGAACCGACAGAGCCAGUGCUCGGGGCGCUGCUCGCCGCCCCGCUGCUGGACCCCCAGCGAGCCCGAGUCCAUCCACCAAGCGCCCGACACCCAGAGCAUCUCCCACUUCCUGCACCGUGUCCAGGGCUUCCGCCGGCGCGGCGGCAAGGCCGGGGGCUUCGGUGGGCGCGGGGGCGGCCACGCCGCCCGCGCCGCACGCUGCUCCUUCAGCGACUUCUUCGAGGGCAUCGGGAAGAAGAAGAAAGCGCCCACGGCCCUCCACGCUGACCCCGUGCACCCCCGCAAGCGCGGCCGGCUGGAGCCCGACCCCGUGGGCAAGCCCAAGCGGAAGCGACGGGCGCGCAAGAACGGGGCCCUGUUCCCCGAGCCCAACUCCGGGCAGAGCUUCGGGGACGGCCCGGCCGCAGAGUGGGGCGGGGGCGAGAAGGGCAGCCCCUGGGCCCCCCACCACGGCCACCCCGGCGGCCAGCCCGGGCGCAACGGUGGCUACCAAGGGGCCGAGGCAAGGCCCUUCCACGCUGCGGGGCUGGAGUCGGGCUCCUCCGGCCGCGCUGGUUUCUAUGCUGGCAGCGCACCGUCCUCGCAGACAGAGGCCGGCCCGGAGCGGCACAGCCUCUUCACCGGCUACUUUCGCUCCUUGCUGGACUCCGAUGAUUCCUCCGACCUGCUGGACUUCGCCCUCUCCGCGUCCCGCUCCGAGUCCCGCAAAUCGGCGGCCGCCUACUCGGCGCCCCCGGCCGCGCUGCCCGGCCAGCGGGGCAUGGCCGCCUACGCCGCCCGCGGCGGCAAAGUGCCGGCGGCCAGCCCCGGCGCCGAGGCCUUCCACGCGGCCAUGCAGGGCCGGCCGGCGUUCCCGCCCGGCCGCGCCUCCAGCGCCUACGGGGUGACCCAAGGCUCCUCCGAGUGCCGGGGCACCGAGUCCUUCCCCAAACUGGCCCCGCCAUCGGCCGUGUCCCGGUCGCCCACGGCUCAUCCAGCAGCCAGUGGCACCCCCGGCUACUCCCCGUACGGCAGCUACGGCAGCGCCGGGCAGAGCGUGGCACCCGCCAGCGUGUUCCCGCCAGGAAAGCAGUACCCAUCAGCACAGGACUGCCCCAACAGCAAGGACUGCAGCUUCGCCUACGGCAGCGGCAGCAGCCUCCCGUCCUCGCCCAGCAGUGCCCACAGUGCCGGCUACGCGCCGCCGACGGCUGGUCCCAGUUUGCCGCUGGGAAAAGCCGCCUUCUUCAACAGCGCCGAGCAGGGGGGGCAGUUCUCCAGCGCCGCGCACACGCCCCUGCGCUGCGACAGCCGCGCCAGCACUGUCUCGCCCGGCGGCUACAUGGUGCCCAAGGGGUCAGCGUCCUUCCAGGCCUCCCCUGAAAACUGCCGGCAGUUCCCCAGCUCCGCGCCGUGGGCCUUCCGGCAGGGCUACGGAGGGUUGGACUGGAGCUCAGAAGCCUUCAGCCAGCUCUACAACCCGGGCUUCGAGUGCCACCUCAAUGAACCCAACGUCAUCCUGGACAUCUCCAACUACACCCCGCAGAAAGCCAAGCAGCAGACGGUCUCCGAGACCUUCUCGGAGUCCUCCUCUGACAGUACCCAGUUCAACCAGCCGGCUGGUUACCGGCGUGCCAACAGCGAGGCGUCCUCCAGCGAGGGCCAGUCGAGCCUCUCCAGCCUGGAGAAGCUGAUGAUGGACUGGAAUGAGGCAUCCUCCGCCCCUGGCUACAACUGGAACCAGAGCGUCCUCUUCCAGAGCAACUCCAAGCCCGGUCGAGGCCGACGGAAGAAGGUGGAUAUGUUCGACACCUCUCACCUGAGUUUCUCCUCCUCUUCCUCAUCUUCCUCCGUGUACCCCUCCAAGAGGAACACGGGACCCCGGCAGCCCCGGGGCUCCCGAGGGGCCUGUGCCUCCAAGAAGGAGAGGGGGACGGGCAAAGCCAAGUUCCCCACCAAGUCGCAGGCGGUGAACCCCCUGUUCCAGGACAGCACGGACCUGGGCUUGGACUACUACAGCGGGGACAGCAGCAUGUCCCCCCUGCCCUCGCAGUCCCGGGGCUUCGGGGUGGGCGAGCGGGACCCCUGCGACUACAGCGGCCCCUACUCCAUGAACCCCUCCACCCCCUCGGAUGGGACCUUUGUGCAGGGGUUCCAGAGCGACUCCCCCGGGUUGGGGCAGCCGGAUUUGGAGAGCAAGCACUUCCCCGCCCUCCCGCACCAGCUGGCGGCCCCCGGCCAGCAGACUGUGUUCGAGGCCGGUUUGCAGAAAGCCUUCUCGCCCAACUGCUCCCCGACCCUGGCCUUCAAGGAGGACCUGCGGGCAGGCAGCAUGCGGAAGCUGCCCGCCUGCGACUCGCUCAAACACAGCAUGCAGGGGGGGGCCCUGCCCCACGCCCCGCACCUGGCCUGCCGCGACCUCCCCAUGCCUCAAGCGCACUAUGACUCCCCCAGCUGCAAAAACCCCCCGUACUGGUAUUCCCCCAACGCUAGCACCCGCAGCCCUUCCUACGACAGCAAAGCGGGGGCCGGCAUGCUGGUGGACUUCAUGGGCAGGACGGACCCCCCGUGUCUGAACCCCCACUUGGGCAGCCCGAGCAGCACCCACCCCUCCAAGGGCGAGAAGGAGCCCUUGGAGAUGUCCCGGGCCCACCACCGGGGACCCUACGCUUGUCCCUUGAUCAAUGACUUGAACAUCUCCCCUGUACCGAGAGACUCAAUGUUGCAGCUGCAGGACAACUACAGGUACCCCAGUUUUGCACCCCAAGGGCACCCCGUCAUGGCCCCCAGCCAGAAGAGCGGGUUUUUGGGACCCAUGGUAGAGCAACAGCACCCUGAGGACACUUUUACGGUCACCUCAUUGUAGUGUCUGCUGACGUGCCAACGGGACAACGAGGUUUUGUUACAGGAGGUAAUUUAGCCAGCACUUUUUUCUGGAACACUUUUCAAGUUCUGUAUUUAACUGGGAUUGGAACCGUUUGUUUGUUUUCUUAAAAAAAAAAAAAAAAAAAGGAAAAAAAAAAGAAAGAAAAAAGGAGAAAAAAGGAAAAAAAAAGGAGAAAAAAAAGAUAAAAAAGAUGAAAAAUAAGCGAAACAAAAGGAAAAAAUUAAUAAUAAUGGAUGAAGAGAGAAACCCCCCGUUUUUCCCCCUCCGCACUCAAACCCGCUCCGCCUGCCAAGCUCCGGCUCUGCUUCCCGAACUGCCGCCCCCCCGCCCCGCAGCAGGACAAUCGGACGGAUGGACGGACAGAGCGCAGGCCCGGCGCAGGCAGGGAGGGCAGGGGGGCUCUGGGGGCCAGCGCUGGGUGCCCCCUGCCCGCAGCCCGGCCGGGGCCCCUCGGCCGCCCCGGGGAGGCUGUUUGGGGAUUCUUUUCUGUUCUGGUCCCUCCCCGCCCGCUGCCGCCUGGGGCUGCUCCCGCCGGACGGACAGCGAUGGGUGCUGCUGAAGCGCUGAGCCCUCCAGCUCUGGCAGCGUCGCCAGCGGGGCUCGGAGACGCCACCGUCACCAGCCCCAGCACCGCCAGCGCUGCGCCCCCCGCCCGCCGCGGCCGCCGGAGCGGAGCAGAGGAGAUGGAAGGAGAUGGAGAGGAG